AUGAAGCGGAAUCGUUUUACCAUUUAUACCAAGUCUUAUGAAAAAAGAUAUUGCGAGAAAAGCAGAGAGGAGCUACCGAAAAAGAUGAUUGAGAUGAUAAGAACACUACUGCAAACCUACUUACAAGUUUCUGUAGCGAUUCCCGAUUCCACGUGUAUUGUCUCAAUUCCUAAACGAAACUUCAAAUGUGGAGCAGUACCAGGCGCAUUCCAAACAAAACAUAAAGGUCCUCCUGAUAGUUAUUACGAAUAUCAAAUGAUUGGCGACGAUGCGAUACAAGUAGCUUGGUUCGUGGUGGCUGGAGUGAGAUAUGUGGCAGGAGUUUGUAUAUAUCUGGAGACUCCAUAUGAAAGACAAAUCCGGUACAGAGAAGAGAUUAUUUUCGAUCUGUUGCACAAACCUGAUUACUGGUCAACAAUCAGUUUGAAAGAAGAAACUAUGCAAGUCCUGACUCAAAAAUGUAAGAACGAAUUGACUCUUUUUACGAACAACCGGUACGAUGAACCACGCUGUUUCCGAUUCGAUUCUGACAAAAGGAGAUUCGUAGCAUGCCAAGCGUUAGCUAUCAACAAUUAUAAGAGGAACAACUCAACUGUUCACACACAUCAUCUAACUAUUCAAGUAUGUCAGCAUCGAAACGAAUUGGCUCUGAUUGGGAUUAAUAAUGGAACGAGAAUGCAUGCUACAUGGAACAGAAAGUGCCGACAGAUAGAAUACUCUAGCUGCGCGAAUUGCGCAAAGCUCUACGAUACACAACUACCGUCAUAUCAAUCAUUGCUACGUGACAAUUCGUAUUAUAACUAUUUCAAUGACUUUUUCUAUCAAAAUAUGUGCAAUUAA